UAGUGACACCUAUUUCGAUUAUCGGAAUUAAUUUGUCAAUAGCUGUUGUCAUCAAGAGGAAAAAAUUUGUUUUGUAGAAUUUAUAGAAAAAUUAUUCAAAAAAUGUCUUCUAAUGUACAAAAAGCGCAGCAACUAAUGGCCGAGGCCGAGAAGAAAGUUUCCUCAAGGGGAUUUUUCGGUUCUCUUUUUGGUGGGUCAAGCCGUAUUGAAGAUGCAGUGGAAUGUUACCAAAGGGCUGCAAACCUUUUUAAAAUGGCUAAAAGUUGGGAUUCAGCAGGAAAAGCUUUUUGUGAAGCAGCAAAUUUGCAUUCAAGAAGUGGUGCUCGUCACGAUGCUGCUACAAAUUAUGUAGAUGCAGCAAAUUGUUAUAAAAAGGCUGACAUUAAUGAGUCUGUAAACUGCUUGUUAAAAGCAAUAGAAAUCUACACAGAUAUGGGUAGAUUCACAAUGGCAGCAAAACAUCAUCAAACAAUUGCUGAAAUGUAUGAGACUGACUCUGUCGACCUAGAGAGGGCUGUUCAACACUAUGAACAAGCAGCAGACUACUUUAGAGGUGAAGAAAGCAAUUCAUCUGCUAAUAAAUGCCUUCUAAAAGUCGCCCAGUAUGCUGCCCAACUUGAAAAUUAUGAAAAAGCAAUACAGAUAUACCAAGAAGUGGCUUAUUCAGCAUUGGAGAGCUCUCUAUUGAAGUACAGUGCCAAAGAGUAUCUGUUUAGGGCUGCCCUUUGUCACUUAUGUGUGGAUGUUCUCAAUGCCCAGCAUGCCAUAGAAAGUUAUAUACAAAGGUACCCAGCUUUCCAAGAUUCAAGAGAAUACAAGUUAUUGAAAACACUGAUAGAACACAUUGAAGAACAGAAUGUUGAUGGUUACACAGAUGCUGUGAAGGACUAUGAUUCUAUUUCCCGUCUGGAUCAAUGGUACACCACAAUCCUGUUACGUAUUAAAAAACAACUGAAUGAGAGCCCUGAUUUGCGUUAAAAUUAUUUAUUGCCGAAUUCCUUUGUUGUUCAUACUGUUUAAGUGUUACAAUGAAAGACCCAUAGUUUAUUUAUUGUUGAUUUUUUUUUAGUGUUUGUGUUUGGUCUGAUGAUAGCACUUUACUUUAAAUUCCUUAUUAAAGCAUUUUAUCAUUCACAUAACAUCCCUUUUGAGGGAGACACAUUAAUUUUUUCUCUGCUUUUUAAUUGCAUAUAACUUUCAACCAAUUAGGUUUAGUUUUCAAAGCUCCUAAAUAACCUAUAUUAAAAUUUAUUAGCAAAAAAUACCGAGUGUUUUAAAAAUAUAUUCCUUUUCAAAACAAGCUAUAACUCUUGGAAUGAGUGUUUAAUUACUCUAUUUCAAUCUAGAUAAGGCCUAUAGUAUGUGAUAAGUGACAUUCUAAUGUUUAUAGUAUGGUUUUAAAUAAACAUUUAUUUUUUUUAUUUUGUUUCUUUUUGUUUUUUUUUUUUUGUAGGUAAGCAAAGCUUAAUUUAGGUAGGUUUCAGGCUUAUUUUAUAAUAUUUGAUAUUAUAAAAUAGUGUUGUUAAAUUAAUGUGCUACUUUGGGCCAAAUUUAAUUAGUGUGAGUCAUAGGACAGUUAAUUUAUUAAUAAAAUUCGUCUUUUCAAGAAGAAAUAUUAUUUUUAUUAUUAUUCUUGUUUACUACGUAUGUACAGUUUGGUUUCCCCAGGAAUUUUAUUUUUAAAUCACAGAACAAAAAAGUUUUUUUGUAGCAUUAGCUCUAACACAUUUAAGAGGUUUAUGUUCAUUGUGGCUUUUAAUAUAAUACGUUUAGGUUGAGGGGUAAAUUUAUUAGAAAAAGUGUGUACUCAGGUACUCUGGGAGUUUCAAUGGAAUUCAAGAAUUUCAGAAGGAAUUCGGUUUUACCUAAAUAAAUAUGGGAUGAGCAAAAACAAAAUUGAAAUAUUUUCUAAAAGAAAAAGAAGGUAUAGGUAUCUAAUAUAAUAAAGUGAUAUAACAAAAAAAAUAAGAUAAGUUGUUUUAAAAUGAAGGAAUUACAUAAUUGUAAAAUAAAGUUAAUUUAUUACAGUGUGAUUAGAUUUGAAAUUUUAUUUGUAGGUACUAAUCUAAUGUAAGUAUAAGGCUUCAGGUAAAAGAAAUGUAGAGGCUGUUUCACGUAGCAAUUUCUAUUAGGUACUUUAUAUAUAAAACCUAUAGUAGCUAUGAAAAACCUUCAGAUGGUAAUAUAGACUUGUAUUUUUUUAAAUAGAGAACCCUAUAAUAUUACAAAUUUGUAUAGAGCUCUCAAGACAAGUUUGUAGAUAAGCAAUACUAUGGGUCCAAAGUCAAACUUUUCGGACUUAUUAAAGAUCUCUAGUAAAAACAUGUCUUAGUUUGAAGACUUUGGAUCUACAAAUUGCUAGAUUUUAUUUAGUUUUCUUUCAUUUUAUGCUAAAUUUAAAAAUUAGUCGCGAGCAGAGAGGUGUUCUCAUCUCAAGUUUACGUUUUUUUUUUCAGAGAUUUGCUUUGGGUCACUAAAAUCAAAUUAGUUAUACUUUUAAGACCAACCAUUGUCCUCGAAUUUCAAUAUGUAGCCAUUAUACCACCGUUCAGUAUAAAAUACAGCAUACUUUUUCAGUUAAAUUGUAUUCACCAAGGGUUCUAGUGGUUCUACACUUUGCUAUUUGUUUAAUUGGCAGGAUUCGCUUACCUAGAAUUUGAUAAAUUUAAAUUUUCUGUUGUUCUAAGAGUUUAAUCUUCAAUUUCGUUAUUUUAUAAGAGAAUUCCGUGACUUCUGAUUUCUGAAGGAGUUCCAUCCAGAUGUGUCUGAAAUUUCAUUUAAAUUUACCCUUCGGUUUUGCCACCAUAAUCUCAAUAUUAAAUUAAUUUUUUUAAAUUGAAUAAUUUUGUGAUGUGAUUUUCAAGUGAUAAUGGUAUAAUCAAUUUUAUUGCUGAAAACCUCUGAAAAUCAUUUCUUACUUGAAAAAUUCCUUUACUGUGGCUCACUCUUGUUAUAAAUAGAGAAAUGUGGCAAAUUAACAUUUUUCUAUUUAUGUUUUAUAUGUCGGAUUGUGUGGAUUAAAUAAAUGUUGUACCAUACCAUAUAAGUUUACGAAAAUUUAAAAGUGCUGGGGUACAGCUUUCCUGACACCCCAGUAUAUUAGACAUGCCUUCAAAGACCCAGUGCUGUCCUUAGCACGAAGCACCGGAUUAGUUUGGUUCUCCUAAAUAAUUCAUUUUUACUUUUAGUACUUUUUGCUAUCAAAACUGAUACAAACAAUUUUUACGAUAUUUUUUAAUGUAAUUAUGAAUUAUUUUACCAUAAGGCGUGUCACAACAUAAAACUACUUGUAUAUUUAAGAGUUAAUAUUGUUUAUUAACUCAUAUUUUAAUUUAGUUCCAAGAUUUUUCAAAUAUACAAAUUGUUUCAUGUGCUUGAUACAUCCUUUAUCAGAGACUUGAGUAUUUUAUAUUUAAAGUAAAAACGUCUUUAGGGAUUUUUCAACUGUACUCCUAAAUAUCAUAAAAUAUUAAAAUUAUACAAAAUGAGCAUCUGUAAUGCUUGAUAUAGUACUGUAAUCACAUAAUUUUUCUUAUGUUUAAUACGAAUUGAUCGAAAUUUAGUUUGAUACAAUUUUCGUAUUAUCAAAAUAAGUAAAAAAUAAUAAUGGGUAAGGUUAUAUUUUAGUCUCCAAAGGAUAAGGUUGUUAAAAAUUCCUAAAAAAAUCAUGUAUAUCAACAGUUGAUUUAAUAAAUAAUAUUAUUUUUUGGUUAUAACGUAGGUAGUGGUUUAAUAAUUCAAUUAUGCCGUAAAAAUUAGUGAUAACUCAUAUGCUUUUAACUAUGUAUAAAGUUAGUAAAAGUAAUUUUCAUAAUUUGUAUUAAAUUAAUACAGAGUAGUCGAAUUUAACAUUAUGAUAUUAAUGAUUUCCAAAACCCAGAAUGUUUAAUCUAUUAAAUGAAAAUCGAAAUAAGGGAAUAGAUAUUACAGUACAUGUUUUGUAUAAAUACAGCUAUUAUAAGUAAUUUCAAAAAUACGAAUAGCCUGUUUAUUUCUUGAAAAAUUUUGCUAGUAAUUAUUAAUAAAAAUAUUUUUUUUAUAAAUGUGACGACUCUGUAUGAUAUGUUUAUUUUGUUCACUUAUGUUAUAGUUCUUCGUUUCAAUAAAACAUUAAUUUUGCUCAUCAAUAAAUAAACAGAUGGAAAGAAAUGAAUCAUUUAGAAUACCUGUCAAUUAAAUGAGGACUUAAUAUUUAAAAUUUUUGGUAUUUUACACUUUUGAAUUAUAAAUAUCUAACAUAGGUGAACACAAUUUUUUAAAUAUUGUACAUUUCGUUUUGUAAAUAUUUUUUUUAAACAAAGUUGUUUUGCAAUUUUUAAUAAAUAUGUGUCCAAAUCAGCAACCAAAAAGAAAGCAUUGGGUAAUCUAAGCAAAAAAUAAUAAAACAAGAUGACGAGAUUAAUUUAUCCUAAUGUCUAUUUCCCUUUAUCAUUAUUUAUUAUUAUGAAUUCUGCUUUUAUUAUUGACAUGUCCAGAAAAAUAUAAUUUUUAUGUUAAACUGCUGAAUUCAGUUAAAUUGGAUUACCUCAAAAAACUGAGAAAAUUUUGGACACUUAUGUAGAGUAAUAACUAAUAAUUGUAGUUUUAACACAUAAUUCGAAUAAUUUAUUAAAAAUAAGCACAUAAUGUGUUUUAGCUCAGUAUACUACUUGCACUCGUACCGUCGUAUUAGCUUCGAAAAUUUUAUAAAUAAAAAUAAACACGGUUACGAAGUUUAGUUAUUUGCCUAUAUUGUGUGUAACAUAUCUUAUGUAAUCAUUUUGCAGAAAUACUGAGGAAAUAUAGUUAUGUAGGAUAAGAUUCAUAGGCGCAGAAAUUCGUUUCUAUUUUAUAUUUAGUCUUUUUACCGUGUUAGGAAGAUACUAAGUCAAGUUUUUGUAUAACCAACAAAUUUUGUAUAAUUUGUUCUUAUUAUUCCAAUAAAAAGUAAUUGCUGAUGUAUAAUGUUUAUUCCUAAAGCGAUUGGAAACUGCCAAUAAUUGUUAUAUGCCGCGUUCAAAACGAUUUUUGACAGACCAAAUAACCUUUUUACGUUUUAUUUUUAAGAGCGUUUUUCUCAAUUCUCCAUUUUAUAUUUCAAUGUCUUCCAAAAAAUUAUUUGUCGUAAAUAUUUUUUUUUGUUGGUUAAAAUAAUCAGAUUUAAUAUUCGUAUGUGAGGGGGUACUUGAGACAAGAUGGACGCUACAUCAAGUAAUAAAAUUGUAGCAUAGCAAAUAUAGUGCUCAAAUUUCUCUUUUAAAAAUAAGCUAAUAGACAGAUUAAUGUGAUACUGUAAAAUUUUUAUAAGAAACCAAAAGGAUUAUAUCAACGAUAAGUUAGCUGUAGAUUGUUGAAAAAUAAAGAAGCAAGAAUAAAAAAAUGGGGUUGAUGUGAGAAAUGUGAAAAACGCUUUAAAAUUUUUAUAUAAAUAUAGGAAUUGCAUAAUGUAUGUAGGUAUAUCAAAAUAUUUUUAAUAAGUUACUAUUUUUUUUAUAGACAUGUAUAGUUUUACCGAUGUAAUUAUUUUGUUUUGUAAUGUAAGUCUUGUGUAAAAUAAUUUUCUCAUUAUUUAAAGUAUAUUAAUUUUAAAUGCAGAUAUAAAAUAUAAUUUGGCAGGAAUAUGUAUAUGUACUAUUACACUCCUUAUGCUCUUAAUAAUUUAUAUUCCUUUUAUGCACCAACAUAUAUGUUAUAAAUUCUGUAUAUAAGUAUUGUUUUAGUCCAUAAAAAUUCUGCCAAGUUCGCUGGAAAUGCAUUUUUUAGCAAUUUAUUGGGUAAUUUAGUUCUUAUUAAAUUAAUACAUUAAAAAACAUAAUUUAUCGUUAAACAUAAAUGUUUUUUUAUUAUA